AUGUCUGAAGUAGGCGAAAUUAACUCCUUAGCUUGGGACAAAUUGAUAGAAGAAGUUAAUUGGUUACGAGAAGCCUAUACUCAUAAGUGUUCCGAAGUUGGAUAUCUUAGUGGAGAAGCAGAUCGUAUGAAAUGGUUAUAUGACCAAAGCUGUGAACAAAUUGCAUCGUUAAAAGUUCAAAAUGAGCAUUUAAAGAAAGAACUAGAAGAGAGCGAAUACCUUCGUAACAAGUUGAUUGAACAUAUUAAUGUUGAUCCAAGGGCUACCAAAAAGCGACAUAACAACAUCGGCAGAGGUGGAAGACACCAAAAUUUUCGAAAACUAUCUCUGAACCUCAAGAAAAACAGUAACAAUGGAAAUGAAGAUAGCAAUGAAAGCAUCAAGUACGAUAAAGAUAUGAAAAAUUCACAAUGGGAUAUCACUGAUGAAAAAUUUUGCGAGGAAGAAGAAAUAGUCGAGGAUAUUUAA